CAGAAAUGCAUUCCCAGCAACAUAGUGACGGAUGGGCCAUGGUCAAAACAGAAGAAGACUGGAGCAAGCUUAAAAGUCUGAUUGAAUUACACACAACUAAAGAGCCACCAGAUCUUUCCCAGAUGGAGGCUUUAUACAGAUGUCCACCUACCAAGCAAACACUUGUGAAGCUGUUAUUUAUAAAUCAGAAAGCAGUAGGUUUCUAUGUUGUAAGACUGAAAGGUAUACAGGAAGAGGGGGGCCCACCAUUUGAAUUACCUAUCUUGGAUGCAGUAUUCAUUUCUAAGGCUCACCGAAGACAACACUGGGGCACUGCAAUGAUAGAAGAACUAGUAGCUGUUCACUUUCCUGAUGAAGAUAUUGGUUUCAGCCAACCAAUUUCUCAUUCUCUUGAAUUAGUUAUAAUGAAAUUUCUGUUGUCAAAUCCGCGGUAUCGUGACAAACUCUGGGCCGUCGAAAAUUGUGGGGAGGAAGGUGACAGACUGAAUAUAUGGCUGGCGUCUGCAGUAAAAAGGCGAUAAAACACGCUACAUAUAACUUUGGUUAGCAGCUUUAUUUUCACCAAAUCAACAAUCAAUAAUUCAUAAGUUAAUGUCAAUAUAACAACGUUUCUCUGUUAUUGUACUAAAUUUCGCCCCUAAAUUUUUGUCAAUCCCGUACGAUAGAAUUACAAAAAAGAACGAAUUAACAAGGAAAA